AUGGAGGAGAGCGCGAGCAAGAGCAGCGGUGUCGGGAGGCUGAUCGGAAGCUCAAUGAGCUUCAUGCGCAAGUGUCUGUUCCGGGUCCUAUCCGUGGGGCCGAUCCCGGGCCACAUCGCCGUGAUUCUGGACGGCAACCGGAGGUAUGCCCGGAAGUGGAAUCUGGGCGAGGGAAUGGGCCACCACGCCGGUUUCCUCUCCCUCAUGUCCCUUCUCAAGUACUGCUACGAGCUCGGCGUCAAGUACGUCACCAUUUACGCCUUCAGCAUCGACAACUACAAGCGACGCCCCGAGGAAGUGAAGGGCGUCAUGGACCUCAUGCAGGAGAAGAUCGAGGGCCUGCUCCGCGAACAGAGCGUCGUCAGGCAGUACGGCGUGCGCGUCUACUUCAUCGGCAACUUGGACCUCCUCAGCGACCCCGUCAAGCGCGCAGCCAAGGACGCCAUGAGGGCCACCGCCGCCAACAGCCGCUCCAUUCUCAUGAUAUGCGCCCCCUACACGUCCACUGACGAGAUUCUGCAUGCCGCCCUCGAGUCCUGCCAGGACAAGGCGUCACAGAUUUCCGGGCCAUUGAACAGCGCUGCUGCUGCACAAAAUGGAGAGGUCAAUGAUCAUGGCGAGGAGACUAGGGAUAUAAUAAAGUUGUCGGACGUGGAGAGACGUAUGUACAUGAGUGUGGCGCCGGAUCCAGACAUUCUGGUGAGGUCAUCCGGGGAGACGAGGCUGAGCAACUUCCUGCUGUGGCAGACGACCAACUGCUUGCUCUACUCGCCCAAGGCGCUCUGGCCGGAGAUCGGGCUGCGCCAUUUGGUGUGGGCCGUGCUCAACUUCCAACGGUCGUAUCCGUUUUUCGAGAACAGGAAAAAGCUGCUUUGAUGAUGGAAUACGUACAGUUCCUGUUUCAGCAGACUUUGAGGGAAAUACAAAUGUAUGUAUGUUAUGUCUAAGGUAAUGUUUUCUUCAAAGAACAUGCGUUUGGUAACAUAAAACUAAUGUUGUAAGGAAUUGCCUAUUCAUAAAUUACAAUGUAUUGUAGGUAACAAACACUGACUGUUGUUCAUCACACCUAUAUGUAUAAUUGUGGAAAUACUGAAUCACAAGAACAGAAGAUCCAUAGUAGAAAAGAGAUUAAAAAAAAAAAAAAUACAAAA